AUGAUCCACGUCAACAUGACGGGAGCAAGCGGCCCAGUAACAAGGAAGCAUUCGGAAUCGACAAAAACGACGGCCAAAGAAGGACAGGAUGUAUGGUUCCGCCGAAUUGCCGCCCUCAUUAUCGAUUUGUCGGGUUCCCAGCAUGCGCGCGAUCGAUCGUCCUGGCCGCAUGCCUUUCCCGUCGCAUCCCGCUCUGCCGAGAAACCAGGACGCAGUCAGGAAUUGGCCUCUGGGAUCCAGCGGGCCUCCCCGCUUGCGCAUGAGAGCGAAGAUCACCAGAUUGCCAGUUGUUCAGCUGCCGAAUACGGCAGAGGUACAAGCGGCGACGAUGCUCAACAUACGUAUCAUGCGUCUCAAAACUGCGCCACUCACAACACAUGCUCCAUGUUCCGCGGGCGGGAGGAAUGGCCAGAUCUCAAAGCAAUCGUGGACACUGUGUGGUUCCAACUGAAGAGGCAGGGGCAACUGAUUGCCGCCACCGCAUCCCUUCCCAAGUUGCUGAAGCCAGCGGUUGCAGGGAUCCGGUUCGGCGCUACCCGAAACCUGAUCUCUCCUCCUCCGCUUCCCCAGCCCACACUACUCUACUCUACUGAAUACGUCGCCUGCAAAUGUUCUCGUGAACAGUGGGUCGCCGCUGCUGCCGCAACUGUGGUGCUGCGUGCUGUGUGCUCCGGAGAUGAGGGCACGACUCUCGAACCAACCGCCAACACUCCCCGCAAGCGUCCGCGGUCGAACCCCGCCUUCACGACCUUCAUGUCACACUGGAUCAAAACGAUCGGCAACGAGUCAACACCCCCCGCCGCAGGGAUUGAUACACGCGAGCACACCGAGGUGGAUAUACAGUCCACCUUUCCCCCAAGGCCUGGCCUGUAG